GUGACAAACAAAAUGGCAGAAACGGAAAUGCUGUAGUAAUAACAAUGCCAGUCAAGACUGUUUAUUGAUCAAUUCCUGAUUUAAACAUUGUGAAGAUGUAGAUAUCAACAUUAAUCAUGACAGAAAAAAUAUCACUUAAGACGGCUGCGUUACAACUGCCUCCCUGUAAAGUAUGUGAUGGGAAGGCAUCAGGGAUCCAUUAUGGCGUCAACUCAUGUGAAGCAUGCAAGGGCUUUUUCCGUAGAUACCUUUCUCGGAAGGAACCCUAUAAAUGUGUCAAAGGGGGAAAGUGCGUUAUCACCGACAGUCCCAGGGGGAACUGUUCAGCCUGCCGCAUGGAAAAGUGUUUACAACUGGGCAUGUCAAAGAAAGCUGUUCGUCAGGGCCGUUAUACAUUGACUGAACGGACAAAGGCCAUCAUUGAAGUACAAAAGUUGCAACAGAAAGUGGAAGACAAUCCAGUGCCCGUGGAACCACCAAAAGACAACCACACCAGUCAGCCUGAGCAGAGUCCAGAUUCGGGAAUCGAAUCACUAACCAGUCCCAGUGACACGGACAAUUUUGAAAAUUCUGCAAUGUCGAACACUCCUGUCGAUUCCCCAUUUACAAUUCAUAUCCGCGAGGAUCGUGACCUGAUGGAAUUGUCUGCUGAUUUGCAAUCUGAGUCAAUCAAAGAUUGCAGGCAUAUACAGGCCGGUACAGAUAGCCAGAGCCUUCAAGCUGUGUUGGACGAUUUAAUUCCUAGGCUUACAAAAUGUGCUGAAGACCUUUCGCCAGUGUCCUCAAAACUGACAGACGAGGAAAUUCACUCCUUACAUACAACAGCCUUGAAUAAGUUUCGUAUGAAGGAAGAAAUGUUUGGUUCGAUGGAGCCAGUCUCAAUUGAGGAUUACAACCAUUUCUACGAAGCCACAGGUCUGGACGUUGAUGGAAGGCAGGGCCGUCUGCAGAGGUGUCGCAGUUUCUUUGAAGGAACAAUAAAACAUUACGUCCAAUUCUCACGUGUCAUUCCGGAUUUCUCUGAUCUUCCUGUACCAGAUCAGUCCUCACUCCUCAAAGCGGCACGCUUUGAGUUUUUCAUGUUACUGGAGUACCGGGCAGUUGAUCCUGACCUUCAGAUGGUACUGACCAUUGGUGGAGAUGUUUACCAUAUCAACGAAGCCAGUUUUUACUUUCCUAAGGAAAUAAUGCUGUCUUGGUUCGAAUUCUCCCGAGUCAUACGGCGCCUCAAUCUCAGUGAGAAGGAAAGAGCGCUUGUACUGGCCAUAUCUCUGUUAUUCAGAGAUCGUUGUAAACUGGAAAACCCAGACAAAGUGGAAAAAAUACAACUGACUCUGAUUUCUUAUCUGCGCCAUGUGCUGAAGGAACGGUAUGGCAAACAGGAAGUACAUUGGUUUACCAAAGUUAUGAACAUGUUUCUGUCAUUUCGGGAACUAACGGAAAGUUACAUGAAACAAUACCAGAAACUUUGUAAAGAUAAAUUCCUUCCAAAGCAGUUCCCUGAAAUGCUGGAAUUCUUGUUUGAGGAUGAUUAGAUAUGUAUUUAAGUGAAAGUUUUAUAUCACAAGUUUCAUAUAAUGGAUAUCUCAGUAGUUAGGGAGGGUUUUAUUGGCUAGAUAUGAUAUUAAUGUCACCCUGGUAAAAUACUAGCCGCUUCCUACCAAUUCAGCUAGGGAGAUUUUCUCUUUAGCUCAUUCGGUAGAGUGUAAGACUAGUAGGGUAGAGGUUCCGUGUUCAACUCCUGGUGGAGGCAUUGGAAAAAUAACGACCUCUGUUACAUUGGCGCCCACGUAGGGACUCAGGAGAUAUGACAAAAACACUUGGCGGUACUUGCAAAGGAAUUGCUGUGACCCCUGGAAAACUAGGGACGAGUUCUUUCCUGGAGGAGGAGUAUGUCACCCUAGUAAAAUACUAGGCGCUUCCUACUGAUUUGGCUAGGGGGGAUUUCUCUUUAGCUUAUUCGGUAGAGCGUAAGACUAGUAAACAAGAGGUCCCGGGUUCGACUUCUAGCAGAGGCAUUGAAAAAAUAAUGCCUGCUGUUACAUUAGUCUUGUGUUCAACAUCAUAAUGGAUCCUCUAUUUAUCAGUUAUGAACUUUUGUUGAGGUGAAUAUGUGGUUAUAUGGACCUGGGAAAGUGAUAUAACCUGAUACAAAGACAGUUGAGGUCAAUAUAACUUUUCAGGUCCAUACAACCACAUAUCCAUCAAAAUAAAAGUUCAUAAUUGUUAUGUAUAAUAUGAAUAUUGUGACAUUGCAGUUGUAGUGAUGUCACAAAGAGAAUAUUGACCUGCAGUUUCUAAAAAUAGCACCAAGUCAAUAUCACAAACCAUAGACCUCCAUGUUAUAAUUAUGAUGUAACCAAUGAGGAUGUAGGAAAAACCGUGUCACCUAAUGUAAAAUACUUAUUGACCCACUAUAUAAAAUACUUAUUAACCCACUAUAUAAAAUACUUAUUAACCCACUAUAUAAAAUACUUAUUGACCUACUAUAAUCUUAGGGAGGGUUACCAUGGGAACAUUCUUGGUCAAUGAAUGAGCAACAUUCUUGUCUAAAGUGUAAUAGCAUUCAGAUUUAUGCCUAACAUGCCAAAUUGAUAUCUCGUCUGUUUAACUCUUCAUAAGGAAGAAAAUUACAUUUAUAGACAUGUUAACAUUAUUGGUUUAAGGUUAAGAGGAAGGGUGCUAUUCUUACAUUACCAUUUGAUUGUGACAUCACAAUCAGAAGGCAUACAUCAUCACAUUAUGACAUCACAAUCAAUGCUGAGCUCAUAUUCAGUCACAGAUACUGUCAGGCAUGAUACAGGAUAUAUUAAGUCAGUACAUGACAUGUGUAGAUCUAUGAGAUUAGUAGAUUCUUUGGGUGGCAUGUGGAAAAUUUUGCAUAAUGAAUUGUCGUUAGCAAUGACUAUUCAGAUAUAAGGAUCAACUAUAAGGAAGAAAUGAAUAUCUGAUACUGAUUUACGACAUAGUAAAUGCCAAAGAGGUAUGGUUCAGAUCCUCAACUCCUCAACUCAUGGAUGCAUACAUUCAUAUAAUGAUAAAUUAUGGACUUUUAUUAAAGUUGAUAUGUGGUUAUAUGAACCUGAAAACAUGAUAUUGACCUUGACUCUGUCUCUUGUUAAUAUACAUGUACCCUUUUCAGGUCCAUACAAACAUGUAUUCACCGAAAUAAAAGUCCUUAA